ACAACAACAAGGUCUCUUUCGUCACAUCACAUCACAUCAAUUUACACGUGUUUGCUUCAUCCCACUGCCCGUCUCACCCCUCCCCCCCCACACACACACGAUCAUCAACAACAAACAGGGCUGGCUGUGUGUCCCCCGCACAUCGUACCCGCGCUCUCUGUUGUUGAAGCACGCACGCACGCACACAUACAUUGGGAUUGUGGCUUUGGGCCGCAUCGCUUGACCCCGCGUGCUUGCGCGUCAAAUCGUGUCCAUAGCAGUCGCCACGGCGUGAGCGUGCUUUUCCUUUGUGGGUCCCCUCCCUUGCCGUUACACCUUUUUUACCUCCCUUCCUUGCCGGCACAAGGCCCGACUGGUGCUCGCUUUUCUUCGUUCAUAGCAACGGGCCCUUUUCGCGCCCAAAGGGCCGGCAGCUUGCGGCAGCGCCACUCGUAGACACGAACGGCAACCGUGCCCUCAGCCAUGUCUGAGCCCGCCACAACCACAACGGGCAGCGACCCGCUGCAGCUGCCAUCGCCAGAGCAGCAAGAUAAUCAAAUGGAGCAGCAACAGCAACAGCAGAAAAAAGAGGAACAGCUGCAGAACAGCACCAGCACCGGGGCAGGAAGCGCCAAAGACCUUUCUCCGUGGAAGUCGUUUCUUGCACGGCUCGUGCGCAUCCAUCGUGAGGUGGUGCACCCGGACCAUCUCAAGCACUCCAAGCACAAAGAACACAUUUUCCACGAGCACUCUGAAGUUUCCAGCGAGGAGCUCUUCUUCGACCUGAUUUUCGUUGCCAUUGGCAUUGACCUGGGGUACUUCCUCAAGGCCGACCUCACCGCACGCCGUCUCGGCGAAACCCUCGUCAUCUUCGCCACAGCCUGGCUGACAUGGUUCCACACCAACAUCCUCCUGACGCGCUUUCGUCUCGGACAGCCGCUGUCAUCCCUGGUCUUCCUCAUCAUGGUGGGCACGCUUGGGCACGCCAUCCACGCGGUUGAACAGCCCAGCGUUGGCGUGGUCGAGAGCGGGUUUGGCAAGAACGACCCCAUGAUCUUUGGCUCCCUCUGCCUCACCCGCGUGGCCUUCCUCUGCGUGUACCUGGUGGUGGCCUGGCGCAUACCGCUCGCACGCGCCAUGGUGCGCAAGUACCUCAUCAUCUUCGCCAUCAGCUCGUGCCUCUUCCUCGCCGCUGCCGCCGCCAACCACGCGACCGCAGCGAUUGUGCUGUGGAUCACCGCCUCCGUUGCCGAACUCAUCAUGUACCCGCUGGCACUGCUCACCCCGCACGAGUACCAGCUCACCGUCAACACCGCGCACUUGCUCGAGCGCAACCAGCUCUGGGUUGUGCUCAUCCUUGGCGAGUCCAUCCUCUCCAUUGCCUCGGCGCAGCACAUGCGUGACGUUGAGUACUACGUUGUCGUCGUGUGUGCGUUUCUCCUCGUGUACUGGCUGAUGAAGUUUCAUCUCAAGUCCCAACACCUGCUGGACGAACGCGCGGAAGAGCAUGCGCUCGACCACUCUCCGCUGCUCGCGUUUGUGUUUGACUCGCUGCAUCUUGUCAUCACCUCGGGCAUGCUGGUGAUGGCGGUUGGCAUCAAGCUUGCCAUCUCGUAUGCGUCGCACCCGGAGGACUACAAGCGCGUGUACGCGUGGGCGCUGACGGGCCCGCUUGGCAUCACCCUCUUCACCAUGAACGUGUCUAGUCUGCUGCACAAGAUGCGACCGCUGCAGUUGUGCGGGCGCAAGACAACGCGGGUCGACAUUCUCCGAGUGGAGGCCGUGUUGAGUCUCCUCAUUGUUCCGCUCGCUCUUCUCGUGGACGAGAACGACACCGCAAGCAAAGGCAAGCGCAGCCUUGCUGACGGUGGGGAUGACGCUUCAAUGCACUUCGCCCCUGCCCCGGCCACCACCAUGGACGCCGCCGCACUCGCUGCUGCGGCUGCUGUCGGUGACGGUGCUGGUGCUGGUGCCUACGGCGAUGGUGGUGAUGGUGACUAUGGCUUGAACGCGGUGCCGUCCAUGUUUAUGAAUGCCAUUGCCGGUGGCGGCGGCGGUGUUGUGACGACAGUUGCCACGGCAGCCACCAACUCGACGGUAGAUGGUGACACUGUGUCGCAUCACCUCGACCCAGCUUCCCUCAUGCCCAUCCUCGCAUGUGUCCUUGGCUCGAUGCUGCUGCUUGAAUCGCUGCUGACGGUCGAAGAGGAGGAAGAGGAGGAUUUCUUCGUCUCCCAAGGAACACAGACCGACCUCACCUCGUUCCAGUUCCAAGCGGACGAGGCAGACGGACACAGCCGCAGCCGCCUGCGUCAUGCGCUGGAUGUGCGGCGUCAUCGUCCACACGACCAGCAGCAGCACCACCACCACCACGACCGCCACCACUACAGCUGGCUCCACUUCCUGCACCUCAGCCGCCACGACUCGCGAAGCAACAGCCCAGCUGGCCACGACCACCCGCACCACCACCGCUCGAGCUGGCUCAGCUUCCUCCACCGUGGCGAGUCGCACGAUGCCAGCAGCGAUGGCGGUCACGACCACCAUCAUCACAGCUGGUGGCGGCGGCGCAGCAGGCACGCGAGCGUUGAUGAAACAUCAAGGCGUCAUGACGCAACAACAGCCACGUCGCAGCCAAACAUCCCAGAAUCCGUCAACACUUUUGGAAACGAUCCCGCUGCACCAGUUGAGACACCGGGACUUCGCACCGUCACCUCCGUUCCAUCCAUGACCAAGCUGAGCAUGGAGGGCGCAACGCACACGAGCGGCAAUCCGCGCCGCCGUCUCGCCCGCGCCCCGAAUCUCGGCAGCGUUGCGGAGGACGUGGACAAUGCGCACCUCGACACCGACGCUGCCGCUGCUGCUGUUGUAGGUGGUGGUGGUGCUCGGCGGCGUAAGCACAAGCAGCAGCAGCUUGAAGCGAGCGACGUUGUUGUUCCCCAUGACGGCGACCACGGCCACGAGUAUCCCCAGUAUCACCCUCACCACCACCACCAGCAGGCUGCCCCUGCAGCACUUCCGCACCACUUACGGCCGCGCCGUGGCCCGCGCCGAGCGGAGAGUGCGCCCGUGUCAUCCCUGCACACGCCAACAGACGGAUCGCGUACACCGCUGGCGCCGCUGCGCGAAGCAACGCCAGUCGACUUUGACUCGAGCGAACUUCGAAGCGGCCUCGUCCUCACCUUGGGCGGUGGUGACGAUGAUGAUGAUGAUGAUGAUGGCCAGGAUGGUCAGGAUGGUCAGGACGGUCAGGGUGGUGGUGGUGGUGGUUAUGAUGGCAGCGCUACGGCAGCUGGUGCCGCAACAGAUGACAACAAGGCAUCUGAGGAGAUGCUUGAAGUCGCCCCACACACACACGACCAUGCACGCGCGCACGCCGACGCGGGAGCAAGCGGAGAGCUGACGCCGCUGCGCACAACAUCACUGCUGGAUAUGCAUGGCAGCAUGCGAGCACAGCCCAUGCAGUGGACAGUGCGGGAAGGGCAAGCAGGCACGCUCCGCACAGCAGGCGCUCAUACGCACGCGCACGUGCGGGGGCGUGGGGGCGUUGACGGGGCUGGGGACAGCAGUGGCACGAGCCAGGAGCAGAGCAUCACGCCCUCAUACCGGCAGCACCAGCAGCACCAACAUCAUCAGCAGCAGCAGCAUGUGCCAACGAGAGGGGCUGCCACCGUGGGGACAACGACACCCACGCACCCGUCGCCGCUGGCGGAGCGGUCGAGACGCGUGUACAAGAGCACGGAGGCGGUGGGCGGUGACGCACAGGGUGGCAGGGACAUGCACCGCGGCCGCAAACACACGUCACACGUGCACGCUGGCGGGGGUGGUGAUCUGCGCCACACGCUGAGUGCCGGUGAUGUUGCACACAUGCGCGGGGCACGGGCUGUCAUCCUGCCCACGCCGCGGAAACACCACCAUCACCACCACCACUCGCGACGGCGCACGCAGCUGGAGCGCGAGUUUGGCGAGUCGUCGGAGGCAGUGGACUUCUUCGUUGUCGGGGACCACGAGAUGCGCGUGUUGGAAUCUGCUUCCCCAACGGUGGCAUCGUCCACCACCACGCUUGAUGGCAACGGUGAAGGCGCUGGCAAUGGCAACGGAUACGCGCAUGCAGUCAACGGCGGCAGCGACGCCGCUACGCUGUCGCACGUGCGGGUGGUGACACCGACAAAUGGUCGGGCACCUGCACCAGCCGCGGACACUGGCGCCUUUGUGCCACUGCCCGCACCUCAGGCACAGGCACAGCAACACCCUGCGACUGUUGAUCACAGCAACGGCCACGUGGGUGUGUUAACACAACCGCACAAUGACGUGUCCGCGACAGCACCACCUGAAGCGCCUGUGGCCUCGUUCCCCAGCACAGCGCCAACAGCGACACUGCCACAUGUGGCAGCGGGUGACAUUGCGUCGCCGCCUACUGGCGCGGUGGCAGCUGAAGGGUAUGCGACAAGCACGCCCAUGACUGGUGUUGGCCACUGGAUGGCUGCUGAUCAUCACACAGCUGAUGCGCACGGUGCACGUGAUCACCAACAGCAACAGCAGCAACCACACCAGCAGCAACCGCAACCACAGCAACAGCAGCAAGAGCAGCAGCAGGCUGUGCUUGUGUUGAGUGAUCGCCAACACAAUACUGACAACGAUGGUGGUGAAGGCGUGGACUUUGUUGUGGUGUAAGCACAUAACUGGAUUAAGAGUCGCGAGGGAGGCGGUGGGGCUGCGUUGAGUGGAGUUGCGUUGCGUGCGUGAAUCAGUGAGUUAGGGUGGGGUGGGGGGAGAAGGAGGAUAAUAGCUGGUGGGCAGCCCACAUGCCUUCAGCUUGAUGUUGCUACUUUGCCUGUCUUGUUCUUGACGCAAGUUGACCUGUUUGCUAGUUCUUGCACUUGCUUUGUGUGUGUGUGUGUGUGUGUGU